UUCAAAAAAAAUUGAAACAAAUCACAAAAAAAAAAAAGGAAGUUAUAAAGAAAAAAAGGGUACAAAUACAGUCGUCAUACAAUAUAGGUGCCUAGUCUCAUGCAUACUCAUUAUUUUGCAUUGAAGCUUCCAUGGCACCCAAGAGAAAAAAGCCGGGUUCGGGCCGAAUGGAUGCUGCUCUUGAUCAAAUGAGCAACAACUAUGGUUUCUCAAGGCCACUUGUGAGGAAAACUGUCACAAAACUUCUCAAGUUGUAUGGGGAAGAAUGGAUAUUUAUUGAAGACAAUGGGUACAGGAUCCUCAUUGAUGUCAUUCUUGAAGAGCAAGAGACUUCAGAAGCAAACAAUCAAUCGAAGGAUGAAUCAUCACUACAUGAUAACCCUGGAAAGGAAAUGGUCACGGAAGAUCAUUCGAAUGAAGUAGCUGCUGAAGGUGCAUCAUCGACCAACAAUAAAAAGUCAAAUGAAAAACUCCACCUUCCCAUAGAAGGAGUGUCUAAUGCAAAAUGUGUGGUAGAUGACGUUUUGGAUAAAAAUGUUGCGUAUUCAAAAUGUUCAUGUGAUGCGGCUGAUAAACCUGUCAAUGUGCCCAAUCUUAAGCACAAACCUUGUUAUGGAUGGAUUAGUGAUGAUGACAGUGACAAGGAAAUUGUUUUCGUAAAACUGUAACCUUCUGCAUAAAGAGAAAGUUGAUGUGACAUUAUGCUAUGUUGUCCAGAUUUGGGUUCAGAUUGGCAAAAAGAAGCGGAAUCCUGUUAUUAUUAUUAUUGAUGACGAAGGCUAGUUAGGGUAUAUACUAUCUAAAUAUCAGAUGUGGUAAAUGUACAUGUUAUUGGGUUUUGGUACCUUCUAAAGUCUAAGGGUUAAGUA